GUGAAGUCUGCUCAAGAUUCUUUGCUGUGCCACAAGCGACUGAUAGAGUGGGAUCAGGAGUUACAGAUCUACAAAAUCAGUCCAUUAGGAAAAGCAGCGUUUGGCAGUUCGCUCAGCCCGGAAGAAUGCUUGGUUGUCUUUGAGGAUCUUGCUAAAGCCCCUGUCAGCGUCGGAUUUGUACCUUGUUUACGAGGUUACUCCUAUUCACAUGAAGCGUGUGUAUUGACGCUUUUUUGUGGCUCUUAUAUUGUCCAAGCUUGUUCAGUGCCGCUAAUGGACGUCUGCAGUACGUUCAAGGUGCCGAGGGGCACCGUGCAAGCUCUUCGAUUGUUUUACCUUUGUUUUAUGUUUUCACAGGCUGCACGAGCUAGAUGUUUAUACAAAGCGGGCUUACGAACAGUUGAAGCUGUAGCUGAGGCUACAAUUCCUGAACUUGCAAACGCGCUGCGUGAUUCUUCAUUCAAAGAACAUGCAGGUUGGCUUCUCUUAUAUGCUUUUACUGGCAAGCUUUUUGUAAUAGAUGCUGGUAAGCAGCAGUGGAUGUACGCUGCAGCGGCAAAGAAAAUAAGAAACGGAGCAAGGAGAAUUGUCCUGGAUCGAGCAGAAGAGGUGCGAAUAGCUGCUUUCUCGGCAUUUCAAGCUCUUGGAGCAACGAUUCCGCAUUCGCUGUCACAGUCUUUAUAUGCCAGUGUUGAGAGGCCUCAGGCUGAGACAGACGAGAUUGCCAUAUCUCCAAAGCGAGACGAGGGCAAGGCCGACGUUCAUAGCACUGACAGUUGGAUUGGAUGACAGCAAGAAAAUGGUAACCAUGGCUCCAAUGCGUUUGGAGGCUUGCAGAAAAGAAGGCCAAGGACCCAAUCUUGCUGCUGUGACAUCUUAGAUCUGGAAACAAGGUUUUGAUACAUGCCCAAGCCAAUAAGACUGCUUCGCGAUUUCAGGACCAGUGGAAAAUUCUUGUUGUGAACAUCAUCUUUAAUUCAAAAAACUGCUACUUUGAUCUAA